AUGACUGCCUCCCUCCUCGACCGCAUCAGCCUCCCGAACGACAACUCCAUCGGUCCCGUGCGCAGCAGAGGCAACCGCGCAGGCGGAACGAGCCCAUAUAACCGAAACCAACGCCCGCCUCCAAAAGGUGAUGUCAACGGUACCUGGACGCACGACCUCUACCAGGGAACCGAUGCUGCCCGGCGCGGAGGCUCGCUCAGCGCACGGCUCUCCAACUCUCCUAUCAAUGCGCCGAAGAUGAAUUUUGGAGUGGCGGACAGGGCGCUGCGGGACGCGCUCGGCGAGAAGGGGCUCAGCAUCAAAGGCGCGAGCAGCAGGGGAAAUGUGGUCGAGGUGGCGGGGCUCGCGAACGGGACGAGCGCGGCGGAUGUUGAGGCCAUCUUCAAACGCUGCGGGCCCAUUACUCAGUCCGUGCUCUCCAAACGCGACCCACCCAUCGUGCGGGUGACCUUCAAGCACGAGAAAGACGCCCAGGCGGCGGUUGCAAAGUUCGACGGGCAGCCCGCUGACGGGCGAACGCUCAGCGUGCGCGUCGUCGGAGGCGUGAAUGCGACGCUCUUCGGCCGCCUCGAGGGCGCGGCGAUGGACAGCGACAGUGUAGACUUGCUCAUGGACGACGGCGGGUCGAGUGGAUCACAAAGGAAGCUCCGGUCGGACGACAUCCUUGCGAAGGACACGCGUGCGAGGGUGCUCGUCGCUCCCCCGGGGCUGAACCCGGCGGAUUACGUACAGCGGCCGACGCGUGGUGGACGGGGGCGCGGUCGGGGCCGAGGCCGGCGUGGAGGUGGUCGGGGCGACAGCGCUCGGAUGGACAUCGACUGA